CCUCUCGGUUUUUGUCUCUGCUGCUGCUCUCAGAUCAGCUGUACGGGACACAUCUCCAGCUGUUGUGGCUCCAGUCCCUUCACCCAGGGUCGGCCAUGUUGUAACGUGCCGUGUUGAUGUGGAGUAGUUCUGUAGUGAUAAUAAGGAAGUGGAGGAUCUUCACAUUAGGAGGAGGAGGAGGGGAACGCGCUCCGCUCCAUCCAGGAUCGGACUUUUCUCCUCUUUCUUCGGCGCCGUCAUGCAGCUGCAGCAGGGACCAUCCUCCGGAACACCAGGGCAGGAGCGACUCCUCCCGCAGCAGCUCCUGCAGCAGCUCCUGCAUCACCGUGCAACACUGUAACAGCGGAGCCGCUGGGCUUCGAUCGAACUUCAGCUCCAGUCUUUCCCACCCAGACUCCCGCUGCUGGAUUCACGGACGGAGUUGAGGAUGGAGGCGCGUGGACUCCGACUGGACUGAUCUGGGGACUUGACUUUGUGUGUGUUUUGUUUGUUUUUUUCUUAACCGGAUCUGACUGAAGGGGAGCAGGGAAGAAGGAGAAGAAGAAGGAGAAAGGAGUCACAGCAGGUCAAGACCAUGGGCUGCGUUAAGAGCAAACAGGACAAAGGAGCGGCCACGAAGUACCACACGGACAGUACUCCGGUGUCAGACGCCAACGCCGCUGCCGCCAAACCUCAUGCAGGUCACUACGGACCAGAGCCCACCCAGCUGCUGCAGAACCAUCCCGGCUCAGCGGCACCUGGAGCAGCGAACUUCAACCACAGCCUCACGCCCUUCGGUGGCUCCUCCUCCGUGAUGACUCCAUUCGGAGGGAUGUCCUGCUCCUUCUCCGGUCCAGUGUCCAACUCCUUCUCUGGUGCUGUUUCAAGUGGAGUCACGUUCUUCGUGGCCUUGUACGACUACGAAGCCAGAACGUCAGAUGACCUGACCUUUAAAAAAGGCGAUCGCUUCCAGAUCAUCAACAACACGGAAGGCGACUGGUGGGAGGCUCGAUCCAUCAACACGGGGAAGACUGGAUACAUCCCCAGUAACUACGUGGCUCCUGCGGACUCCAUCCAGGCCGAAGAGUGGUAUUUUGGAAAAAUGGGACGUAAAGACGCCGAGAGGCUGCUGCUGAUCACGGGGAACCAUCGAGGAACGUACUUGGUGCGAGAAAGUGAAACCACUAAAGGGGCCUAUUCUCUCUCCAUACGAGAUUGGGACGAAGUCAAGGGAGACAACGUCAAACACUACAAGAUCCGCAAACUGGACAGCGGCGGCUACUACAUCACCACUCGUGCGCAGUUUGACACGUUACAGAAACUGGUCAAACACUACUCCGAACACUCCGACGGGCUGUGUCACCGACUGACGUCCGUCUGUCCCACGGUCAAGCCCCAGACCCAGGGUUUGGCCAAAGACGCCUGGGAGAUCCCCAGAGAGUCGCUGCGGCUGGAGGUCAAACUGGGACAGGGCUGCUUCGGAGAAGUCUGGAUGGGAACGUGGAACGGCACCACCAAGGUGGCCAUCAAGACGCUGAAGACGGGGACCAUGUCGCCUGAAGCGUUCCUCCAGGAGGCGCAGAUCAUGAAGAGGCUGCGACACGACAAGCUGGUGCCUCUGUACGCCGUGGUGUCGGAGGAGCCCAUAUACAUCGUCACGGAGUACAUGACCAAAGGAAGCCUCCUGGACUUCCUGAAAGAAGGUGAUGGUAAAUUUCUGAAGCUGGUCAUGUUGGUGGACAUGGCUGCGAAGAUUGCCGACGGCAUGGCGUUCAUUGAGAGGAUGAACUACAUCCACAGGGACCUGCGGGCCGCCAACAUCCUCGUCGGCGACAACCUGGCGUGUAAGAUCGCAGACUUUGGUCUGGCCAGGUUAAUAGAGGACAACGAGUACACAGCCAGACAAGGAGCCAAGUUUCCCAUCAAGUGGACGGCCCCUGAGGCUGCGCUGUACGGUCGCUUCACCAUCAAGUCAGACGUCUGGUCCUUCGGCAUUUUACUGACUGAGCUCGUCACCAAAGGCAGAGUUCCCUACCCAGGUAUGGUGAACAGGGAGGUGCUGGAGCAGGUGGAGCGCGGCUACCGUAUGCCCUGCCCACAGGGAUGCCCCGAGUCUUUGCACGAGCUGAUGAUGCAGUGCUGGAAGAAGGAUGCGGACGAGAGGCCCACUUUUGAGUACCUACAGUCUUUCCUGGAGGACUACUUCACUGCCACAGAGCCACAGUACCAGCCUGGAGAGAACCUAUAGCCUGACUGGACCAAUGCAUCAUGGGAGAAGCUAAGACUUUUUACCCAUCAGGUUACAAACAAAAAAAAAAAAAAAAAUUCAGCCUUUGUCAUUUGGCUAACAUCUCCUUUUUCUGGGCCACAUGAAAGCUAGCAGGGUCAGUAGCCCACACCUGAAUGCUAUAUGGGUCUGUUUGAGAAGUGAAUCUGUGGGUCACACAUCGUCAUGUAGUCUAUAUUUUUUAUUUUUUUAACCAGACCAUGUCACAUACAGCGUGUCGUAUCUUCAUGUCGUUCAUGUCCAUCUGUGGUACAACGCACGUCUUAGCUGUGGGAAUUAACAAACCUGUAGAAUCAUCUAUUCUUUAACCAGGUUUAACCUUUAAGUGUUUACUCAUUGACAGUUUUCUCGUGAUACUGUAAAUAAAUAAAACUGUGACGAUUUCCUCAUGGUGAUGGUGAGCAGAGAGCUGCCGUGAUUCUUUAGCAGGAUUUUUACUCCAAAACAUUUUUAUAUAUAUAAAAAAAAGUCUACAACCACGUAACUGCUGAAGACCACUAACCUCUGCAAAAAAACAGUUUGUACGGCAGUGACAUCAUGUUUUUAACGGUUAAUAAUGUUCCGGUAUUUACAGUAUUUUAAUGGAACAGUGACAACAGAACUUGUCUGGCGGGGCUUUGUACUGCAUAUUAUUCACCCCUCGUUUUGUAUUGUUAAUUACAACACAAGAGUGUGUAACAUUUGGGAGUGGGGGGGGUGGAGAAGUGAAUGGUUGUAUUUGUACAAUAAUAAUAAUAAUAAUAAUAAAUCAUUUUACAACUUUAA